CGAGAGCCUCCGCGACCUCUCUCUGGGUGACUUCCGGAGGAGCAGUGGAAACCGCGGCGAUCAGAUUUGGGGGCGGCAGCGUAAUGACCACCCUUCGGGCUUUCACGUGCGACGACCUGUUCCGCUUCAACAACAUGUGUUAGUUGGAGCCUUGCCGUGGAGUGGGCCAAACCAGGAGUCUAUUCCAAGGAGAUUGGCACUAGACCGGUGGUUCUUAAAGAGUGGUCCCUGACCAUUGGAGAACAUUUUGGAAAUGCAAAUUCUCAGCUGUUUGAGAACCAUUGCUCUGAAGCCCUACUCUUCUACAAAGAACUGUGUGGAAUAGAAGGAGAUCAGAGAAGGUAUGCCAGGCAGAAAACAGCUGUCAAGAAGAAAAUAGAAGUCAAGAAGGGGGGUGGCCUGUUGGACAGUUGAGGCAACAAGAGAGAACAUGUUAGAUAACCUGGAUCCACUUACAGAAACUUAUGGGAUUCCAUUUUACUUACAGUACCUUGCCCAUUGGCCAGAGUAUUUCAUCGUUGCAGAGGCACCUGGUGGAGAGUUAAUGGGUUAUAUUAUGGGUAAAGCAGAAGGCUCAGUUGCUAGGGAAGAAUGGCAUGGACAUGUCACAGCUCUGUCUGUUGCUCCAGAAUUUCGACGCCUUGGUUUGGCUGCUAAACUUAUGGAGUUACUAGAAGAGAUUUCAGAAAGAAAAGGUGGAUUUUUUGUUGACCUCUUUGUAAGAGUAUCUAACCAAGUUGCAGUCAACAUGUACAAGCAGUUGGGCUACAGUGUAUACAGGACGGUCAUAGAGUACUACUCAGCCAGCAACGGGGAGCCGGACGAGGACGCUUAUGAUAUGAGGAAAGCACUUUCCAGGGACACUGAGAAGAAAUCCAUCAUACCACUACCUCAUCCUGUGAGGCCAGAAGACAUUGAAUAACCCUGGGCAGUGGUUCUUAGGCUGAUAUUCCAGAUAUUUUACGGACAAUAUUAUUCCCACUGGAUAAUCUUAGAGCUCUGUUAGAGAAAAAUAUUCACUUAGGUCUUAACGAUUUGAAGAAAAUAUUCUAAAUCUCAUUGUUUUCAGUUAGCAAUAUCAUACCUACUAAAGCUGUCCACUGUGAUAAAAUUCAGUCAGAAAGGCAGCUAAGUCAGAAGGAAACAGUCUACUAUCAUGGUUCAUAAGACGCUAGGGAAAAAAAAACUUCCUCCAGUCUCCUAAAUUCUGUGCCUGAGAAUCACUGCUGCGCGCAUAUAUAUAUAAUUUUAUUUUGUACUGACUUGUUGAGUGAAGCUUUAAAAAGCAUAUAUGAAAUGCUAAAUUUAAGAUGUAUAAUAAAAUGCACUAUUGAUGCUGUAAA